CCCCCUCGCGCCACCCUCUGAUUGGCCCCGGUCGUCAGGAGUCUCACGCAAGGGCACGCUUCAGGACCCGGGAAAAGGAAGUGUGAGGACCACUGGGAAGAGAGAACGGGCGUCGCUAUUUCCGGACCCGGGCCGGGACUUGAGAGAAAAGAAAACUACAAAUCCCAGCACGUCCCGCGGCUUUGGAGCCCCGCCCCUAGCGAACUACAGCUCCCGAAAACAAUCCCUGAACCCAAAGGAAUGAAUCCCUAAUGGUGGAGUUUCAGGCAUUGGUGACAGGCUGAACCCGGACUCCCAGGGCCAGUGCUUACACCUGACAAAUGAUGGCCUGAGCUAUGAGCAGACAGGACUAUAUGAACACUUCGGUGCAAGAGCCCCCUCUUGACUACUCCUUCCGAAGCAUCCACGUGAUCCAAGACCUGAUGAGCGAGGAGCCACGGACAGGGCUACGACCGUUAAGGCACUCAAAGUCAGGGAAGUCACUGACCCAGUCCCUGUGGCUGAACAACAAUGUCCUCAAUGACCUGAGAGACUUUAGUCAUGUGGUUUCACUGCUUCUGGAGCAUCCAGAGAACCUGGCCUGGAUCGACCUGUCCUUCAACGACCUGACUUCCAUCGACCCUGUCCUGACAACUUUCUUCAACCUCAGUGUACUCUAUCUCCAUGGCAACAGCAUCCAGCGCCUAGGAGAGGUGAACAAGCUGGCUGUCCUCCCACGGCUCCGGAGCCUGACACUCCACGGGAAUCCCAUAGAGGAAGAGAAGGGGUAUAGUCGGCCCUGGAGACCCCCCUCCUUUCCUAUGCUCUGAUCGUCCCCAAGCAGGAGCCUCCAGCCCAGGUAAGCAGGGCUCUUGAGUGUGGGGACCAUGUCCCCCGCCAUCGCACUGGCCUUCCUGCCCCUGGUGGUGACAUUGCUGGUGCGGUACCGGCACUACUUCCGACUGCUGGUGCGUAUGGUCUUGCUGCGGAGCCUCCGAGAUUGCCUUUCAGGGCUGCGGAUUGAGGAGCGGGCCUUCAGCUAUGUGCUCACCCAUGCCCUGCCUGGGGACCCCAGUCACAUCCUCACCACCCUGGACCAUUGGAGCAGCCACUGCGAGUACCUGGGCCACAUGGGGCCUGUCAAAGGUCAGAUCCUGAUGCGGCUGGUGGAGGAGAGAGCCCCUGCUUCCGUGCUAGAGCUGGGCACCCACUGCGGGUACUCCACAUUGCUUAUUGCCCGUGCCCUGCCGCCCGGGGGCCGCCUUCUCAUCGUGGAGUGGGACCCACGCAUGGCAGUAGUGGCUGAAAAACUCAUCCGCCUGGCUGGCUUCGACGAGCGCACGGUGGAGCUCAUUGUGAGUAGCUCAGAGGAGGUGAUCCCACACCUACGAACCCAGUACCAGCUGAACCGGGCAGACAUGGUGCUCCUGGCACACCGGCCCCGAUGUUACCUGCGAGACCUGCAGCUGCUGGAGGCCCAUGCCCUGCUGCCAGCUGGUGCCACUGUGUUGGCUGACCACGUGCUCUUCCCGGGUGCACCUCGCUUCCUGCAGUAUGCCAAGAACUGUGGCCGCUACCGCUGCCGCCUCCACCACACUGGCCUCCCAGACUUCCCUGCUAUAAAGGACGGCAUAGCCCAGCUCACCUAUACAGGGCCUAGCUAAGGCCCGGGCCCAGGGGUACU